GGGAGGUUUGGUCCGUUUAAACAAGGACUGGUUAGGAACCACUGGUAUGAUUUCUACGUAAGCCGCCCAUGGAUAAAUUUUCUGCUUGCUGGUUCUACUCUCUUGUGGGCAUGAAAUAUGCCGCUGUGUACAUGGUUUGAUCGAAUCAGAAGAUCUGCGUAAGUGUUAUCAAGAAAAGUUUGAUAUUUUUUUGGAAAAUUUUCCAAUUUCCACCUCGUGAGCUUUCUGUGGUGGUGGAGCUCCCACCUGGUAAGGGAGCAGCAGCGGCGUCGCUGUUCCUUAAUCCACAUCAUCAAACCGGAAAGUUCCAAAUGAUCGUCCCCGUUGUACUCCCUGACCAACUUCCGACGCGAAGAGAGAGAAAGAAGUAGGAAGAAAGAAGAAAGAAGAAAGAAGAAAGAGGAGGAGGGAGGAAGCAAGGAGCAUGUACAUGGACGCCAAGCGCUUCAUUCUUCAGCCGGAGCCGUCUUGCUCUUCCUCAUGUACGCGAAUCCAUCUCCGGGGCCGCCUCCGCUGGGGCCAACAGCACCUCAAUUCCUCGAGGUAUCGCCGCCAUGCCGUGAAGCAGUCGCUUGGAGACGGAUGGAAGAAGCUUGGCGACAUUGAUAAAGAUGCGAUCCAACAGAGACUGAACAUGUGGCUGGUAAAGACUCAGGCGUUGUGGACUGAAAUGACUUCCCCGAAGAGUGUGGAAAGAAAAAACCCUGUGCUAAAAGAUGUGAUGAACACUUCCGAACUACAGGAGGUUUUCAUGGUGGAGCAGACAAUUCAUAGCAAAACUCCACGCGGAAACCUUUCUUUGGCUGCCGUCAUUUCAAUUGAACAAUUCAGUAGGUUGAAUGGCUUAAGUGGGAGAAAAAUGCAGAAAAUAUUUGAGGCACUUGCUCCUGAAUCAGUUUGUAGUGAUGCUCGUAACCUAAUUGAAUAUUGCUGCUUUAGAUACUUGUCAAGGGACAACUCUGAAGUUCAUCCUUCUUUGAAGGAACCUGCAUUUCAGAGGCUUAUCUUCAUAACUAUGCUUGCAUGGGAGCAUCCGUAUGAGAAAGAAAAUGAUAUUUCUGGUGUUCCAAAGCACAAUUCUCUUCAGGGGAAACUUGUUGGAGAAGAAGCCUUUAUUCGCAUAGCUCCUGGUGUUCCUGGGGUAGCAGAUAGAUCAACUGCUCAUCAUCUUUACAAGAAUCUUGCUGGAGAUAGCCAGGGCAUAUCUUUGAAUUUGUGGACAUCAUUCCUGUCGGAACUGCUAAGGGUUCACCAGGGAAGGGACUCAUACCAAAGUAGAGAGAAUGCUAGUCUCCUGCUUUCAGGUGAAUCUGUUUUAUGUGUUGGAUCUAGCAAAAAGAAGCCUGUAUUAAAGUGGGACAAAAACAUUGGCUGGCCAGGAAAAUUAAUUUUGACUGACUGUGCUUUGUAUUUUGAGAAAUUUGGCUUGAUUGGUGAAAGGAGGAUUUUGAGGUUGGACCUUGCAUGCGAUAAUGUAAAACUGCAAAAGACAAAAGUAGGACCAAUGGGAUCUGCAAUAUUUGACUCUGCAGUCUCUGUUUCAGGAAAAUCUGAAACUUGGGUACUGGAAUUUGUGGAUCUUGGUGGUGAAAUGAGGCGAGAUGUCUGGCAUGCUUUUAUGAGUGAGGUGGUUUCUGUCCACAAAUUCAUUCGUGAACAUGGUCCAGCUGAUGAUGAUCCGUCCUUGCACCAUGUAUAUGGGUCUCAUAAAGGAAAAAUGAAGGCAAUCAAAAGUGCUGCCAAUAGUAUUGCUAGGCUACAGUCUCUUCAAUUUAUUCGUAGGUUAUCUGAUGAUCCUGCCAAACUCAUGCAGUUCUUAUAUUUAGAGAGUACUCCUGGUGGUAAUAUUGUUUUGCAAGCACUAGCUGUGAACAUUUGGGGUGGGCCAUUAACAGCAAAAUUUGUAGUUGCCAAUCAUCAACCAACAAUUGGAAUGCGACACUAUGAGGAUGAAGAGAACACUGGUCUACCUCUGUUUGACAUAGAUGGAAGUGUGUACCUAAGGAAGUGGAUGAAAUCUUCAUCAUGGUCUUCUGCCAGCUCUAUUAGCUUUUGGAAAAAUGCUUCUGUAAGGGAAGGAAUAGUUUUAGGGAAGAAUCUUGUAGUGGGAGGCAAGACUCUUGUAGAAAGGGCCUCUUCAAAUUGUAGAGAAAGGAGCCAAAUAAUUGAGAAAACUCAGGCAACUAUUGAUGCUGCAGUGCUUGAAGGAAUCCCCAGCAAUAUUGAUCUUCUAAAGGAAAUACUGCUUCCAGUUAUAAUUAUUGGACAGUCAUUUGACAAGCUGAGGCGCUGGGAGAAGCCAUCUCAGACUAUUUUGUUUCUUGCGUUUGCAUAUAUUCUAAUUUUCAGGAACUUGCUCACCUAUGUAUUUCCUUCUAUCCUAAUGUUUAUGGCAACUGCUAUGCUAGUCCUAAAGGGGCUCAAACAGCAGGGUCGUUUAGGGAGAUACUUUGGAAAAAUUACCAUACAAGAACAACCACCAUCAAGUACAAUUGAGAAAUUUAUAGCCAUUAAGGAAGCAUUGAAUGAUGUGGAGAGAUAUUUUCAGAAGUUAAAUGUCAUACUUUUGAAGGUUCGAGCAAUUUUCCUUGCAAGUCAACCACAGGUAACGACUGAGGUUGCUUUGAUCCUGCUAUUUUCUGCCACUGUUCUAUAUACUGUACCAUUCAGAUAUAUUUUUGCCUGCCUUCUCCUUGACACCUUUACAAGGGAACUUGAAUUUCGGAAGGAGAUGGUAAAGAAGUUUAGGAGGCUUCUGAAGGAGAGAUGGGAAACUAUACCUGUUACUCCUGUAAUUGUAUUACCAUAUGAGAGCGACCAGUCUAAGAAUGCUGAGUCAACCAUAAGAUUGAAUGAAACUAGACAAGUUACCUCUAGUGAUGAGAAAAACAUUGAACCAAGAUAGCACUGUUAGAUGUUUAUAUUGUAUAUGGUGUAUAUGACUUGUGCUUCCCCUGUAUAAAGAAGUUUUUGUUUCUGUUCAA